CUACAUAUAUGCCUAUUCAUCGAUAACUACGGUAUGUCAAACUACCCAACCCCUAAACCUCAAUCUCAAAAUGCCUAUCACACUUCAAACCGCUGCCCAUCCUGCUCGAGCUUGGAAGAGGAGUGAUGCGGCAGCAUCCCCCACAGAACUCCUGCGAGGCUCUUGUCCAAGUGACCACCGCCGCUGCAAGCAACUAGUCCAGUCCUCCAUCCAAAUCCCAGAAAACGCACAAGUUUUCGCCUCUUCCAACGGCUUCGUCCGAGCCGUCUACCAGGCCUACAGCAAUCAUCACCACCUGAAAAUCCGCCCGGAAGAUGUCUGGUUUUCCAUCAUAGCCCAACUAAGCACGCACAUCAACGCCCACGCCGAAGAGCUGCGGCCGUUCUUCGUCGCGCACGAGGGCCAGAAGAAGCUAGAAGUCGUCGAAGUGGGAACUAUCACCAGCGUGGACUUUGGCAGGCUGGCGAUCCGGAUGACGGACGAGAUCAAAAAGAAUGUCGUCGAUCCGGAUUUGACGGCGUGGAUCAUGCCGGACUUUACUACGACGACGCACACUGACACGGUGACGGCCGCGGUUCUUAUGAUGGGCGCUCUGCAGAAGUAUUUCAAGUAUUUCGCUCUUCUAACUUGCGGGAUACCCUCUGUGACUCUCCUCGGCGAGAGAGAAGACUGGGUUAAAAUCCGGCGUCGUCUGGAGUAUUUACCGCGACUGGGAAAGGAGCCGGCACAGUUCGCGCGCCUUUUGACUGCGGUGCUCGACUACUUCGUUCGCUCAUUUGACGAACCGACCAGUCCCGAGGUGCUGUCUUUCUGGUCCAGGAUAGCAGACCGGCAAGGCGGCUCGGGCGUUGAGUAUCUUUCAGGAUGGAUCACCGCUUUUACGUUCUGGAAAGUUAACGGGGAAUGCAUGUACACUUUACCGCUGAUUCCUUUCGAGUCAUAUACACCAGACACAUACGGUUGUAGUCUUGAUGGUACCUUGUUUCAUAUCAUCGAUAUGUCUGAUAUACCGGACGCGUUCUCCUCGGUCCCGCUUACAGUGAAUGAUAAUGGAGUUAUACAUAAUACGAGAUUAGUAGCUGGUUCUAUCGGAAUGGCUGUCUCUAGUAGCGGGGAACUACUUGAAUCGGAAUCCUCAUAUUUCAAACCCGGGAGGCCUGAACUUAGCGACAAGACGGGCCCAGAUACACUCCAGCCGGUUUCCGGUUGGUGGAUGUAUGAGCUUUUGGAAGGGAAUGAGUAAUUUAGGUAAGUCCCUACAUGAAAAGGAUGAUAGUCAAGGCUUAAUAAACUUUUUUCUAUUUAUUAACACAGUUUUAUUUAAGAAGCUUUCAUAAAAUAUAAUAACAUAGCUACAAGAGGGGGUUUGAACCGUUUGACUAUAUUUAUAAAAAGACCAUACUUUUAUACACAGAUAUUUACAUAAGAAAUGGUGGCUGGCUGCCGCGAUGAUCGACGUGAUAGUUGUGAAAGGCGUAAAUUCCGACUCAUAACCAUAACUAUCCCAUACAAAUAAGUAGCAUACACACUUGUAUUUUCAUUCCUAGAGAACUAUAAACCGAGUGUAACCCCCUUAUAGUUUUAUA